CAUGUUAUAUUAAUACUUAAACAUGGACUCUUUUCCGUGGAUAGAGACUCGUUGACUUGAUCCAGAUACCUACCAGACACCCAUUAUUUCCUCUCAUUAUUGUCUGUCUGUAGACUGCUUUCUUUGCUGGCCAGAUCAACCUGUUUGUGGGCGAUGGACGUUACGUCAUUCCAGGGGCGCUGGCAGGAUUUUGGCUACAGUCAUUACUGGCGAUGCUGAACCUCAGUGGGCAGCCUGUAACCUUUGUGACUAAAGGAGGAAAAAAAAGACGCCAGAGACUAGCAUCAGGUAACUCCAUCGUCUGUUGUCGAGAUCGGGGGAGAUGACCGAUCCUUCGCAAUAUCGUCCCAUUGCACCGGGCCCGACGCCAGACGGCAGUCCGCCAGGAGACUCGCGCGGAAUAUCGCCCGCCCCGUGGAAGAAGAGAGUCUCAACCGCCUGUUUGGCAUGCAAGAGAUCGAAGCGCAAGUGCUCCGGGGUCCCUCCAUGCGAUAACUGUCGAGCGUUAAAUCGAGAAUGCAUCUUUGACGAGUCACUCGACCAGCGCCGUCGGGUAGCCGUGAAGCGUACGGCGGAGGAGUUGAACUAUCAUCGGGAUAUGCUGAACGAUCUGUUCAAGGUCAUCCGCUCUGCGAAUCACUCGUCCGCACAGCAACUGUUGGACAUUAUCCGCAACGAUGCUACCCCAGAGGAAAUCCGCAUCUAUAUCGAUGAGACACUGGCAAAGCUGCAAGGCGGCGAGAAUGAUACGGCGACGAAAGACACGACAAACAAACUGAAGGAUAUCCGGCGCAUGGUCAACCUGCAGGGUCCCAGUCCGUCGUUUAGAAGAAAGGUGAUGGAUGUUCACUUUCUGUGUGACACACCUCCGAUGCGGGUGCCUGCGAAGCCCUGGACAACCGUCACGGAUGACGAUGAGAUCGUGUCGCACUUGGUGUCGUUGUACUUUACGUGGGAUUAUCCCUUCUACGCCUUCCUCGACAGUGAAGUGUUUGUAAAGCACAUGGCGAUUGGGGAUAUCCAUUCAGAGUUCUGUACACCGUUUUUGGUGAAUGCACUUUUAGCGAACGCUUGCCAUUAUUCGGAAUUUUCUGAAGCAUAUGCAGUUCCUGGCGACGUCAUGACUAAGGGUGCCGAUUAUCUCCGCGAAGCAGAACGACUCUACGAAGAGCAGAAGGACAAGGCCACGUUGGCGACACUUCAAGGGACGCUGCUUCUGUAUUCGAAAUAUUCCCUGUUCGGCGACGAUGAUCUGGGUUACCUCAUGCUCAACCGGGCCGUUAGUAUUGCGAAGGAUCUAGGCUACAUUAGUGACACAGACGAUGGUACUGUUUCGCUGGAAGGCCGCUCACAGGACUAUAUCAAUUCGACGGUACGGACAGUCUGGGGCUUAUACCAAAUCGAUACGGUAUCUCACAUAGGAUUCCUACGGCCGAACCGGAUCAGCCAUGUGCGUCUGGAACGGCCACGGCGGCUAACUCAGUCGGAAGACAACGCUGUCUGGAUACCAUAUCCGACCCACAGGAGUACUCGUGGAGCAUACUACAACCUGUAUUUUGACGAAGCUUGUAGUCUCAGCCAGAUCGCACAGGACUUGUCUCGCAGCUUGUUCUCGGACACAGAAAAUCCGGCACCAGUUCCUGGUCGACAAGAGAUUGCAAAUCGUCUGUACGAGCGGCUGACGAAGUGGAAGAGCGAAUUACCAGACGUUUUCAAUCCGGAAAAGAACCCUGCGCCGCAUAUGCUACUUCUCAAUGCUCGCUACUAUACGACUCUGAUCAAUUUGUUCAUGUGUCUCGAUAGCCGGGAGUGUUCCGCCAAAUGUUCGACAGGCUCGUCGCCCCCUACACCUCCCGGGAGCCCCGAGGGCAGGCCCGAAGAGAUCAAAUUGCACUGUGCCCGAGAGAUCGCGUCCCUGAUGCGUAUUCACAGAAGAGAGUUUAGCAUGUCCCGUUCCCACGCCUUUGCCCUCUAUGCCAUUAAUAUGGCGCUUUAUGUUUUGCUGGAUCAGCCAGCCGGCAAAUUCGAUAUUCUAGAUCAAGACUUUCUGUCCCUGGCUUCAGCUUUCAACAUUAUUGCAUCUCGUUCGAUUCUGGGUCGGAACAUGUUCCACAUUUUCAGACAAUCCGUCCGGAGCAAGGAACAAGGUGCGAAAGCUAGAUCCUCCGAUGCUGUCCCGGAGGAACUGAAACAGCUGUUCUCCGAAAACCUGGACAGUGACAAAUGGGACGACUAUGCCAGUGGGCUUGAAAAGUUGAACGAGGACUCCCGAUACCCUAGUAUCGGGGCUGACCACGGUGAGGUUGAUCCGCGAAAACUACAGCAUUACGAAGGCUUUGGUCUCUGCGAUAUGCUGGAGCGAUACGAGAGUCUCAGCCUAGGCAGGGAUGACACGCGCAACGCGAAGAGCAGGGGAGUUUCCGGAGUUGAUGGCCUGUAAUUGAUAAUUUCCAUCAAGUGUAUCCACCAGUUGCUCGAACGAUCGGUGAUAGCCAGCAUGAGCGGGUCACGACGGCUACCCAUCGGGUCUCUCACCAGGCUGAUUACCAUGCUCAAUACUCAGGACGACACAUGUGCCGUUUCGGCCAUACUGAUGGAGUUACCAGGCGAGAUUGAUACGAUAACAGCACUGGAAUCGAGGAACGAACACGGAUUAUUGCGGACCGCUCUUUCAUACCCCUCGAUACUUACUUACAACUCCCUCCCCCCAACCACAAACCAAAAGCGGGCUACUCAAGAUUCUAUGUACUUGAAUUUUGCCAGAUAUCAGAUAUCCACUUCCAAGAUAAAUAACAGCCAACGAGUACAACAUGCAGUAUAUGUAUUCAUUUAUAUAUAUAUAUAUAUAUAUAUAUAU